AUGAACACAAUCGUCUUCGGCCACCCCUCGGCGAAUCCGCUACUGCUGGCAAUCGAGGCCGCAAGCGAGCCCAACAGCUACCUACUACUGCUCAUAAACGCGUUGAAAGACCCUCAAAAAGAGCCCGAACGGAUACGUCCUCCCCUACAUACUCCUCUCAAGCCAGCGGUAGGUGGGUUAAACUGA